AUGGCAACAAGCACAGAAGGAUGUCUAAGCUAUAACAUAUCUUCGAUUCCUCUUCGUGAUACCGAAAGGGAAGCCUGUACUGCAAUAAGCCCUGAAGGUUUCUUUCUCCGCCCUCCACCACCGCCACAUGAGCUAUCUUCAUUCAUCACACCUGACGACCAACUCUUUCAAACAAUUCACAUGGGCGCAGCCGUUGUUGACCCUGAAAAAUGGCUCUUGAUUAUUGACGGUCUUGUCCGUCGCCCAUUUGCUCUUACUCUCGAGCAACUCAAAACUUUGCCUCAAGUUUCUGUAACUGCUUUUCACGAAUGCUACGGGAGUCCUCUCACGCCACCGGUCAGCAAUCCUUGGCGGAUUGGCAACGUCGUCUGGCCCGGUGUUCAUUUAUCGACAAUCCUGGCUCUUGCAGAACCACUCCCCGAAGCGCGUUUUGUGUGGUCAGAAGGUCUUGAUUAUGGAAAGUUCUUUCAGUAUGAAGCAGAUCGAUACCAAAAGGACGUAACUAUGGCGAAAGCGCAAAGGCCUGAGGUUCUUAUCGCAUGGAAGAUUAAUGGCGAGCCUCUGAGCAAAGAACGAGGAGGACCGGUUAGACUUGUUGUGCCUGGAUGGUAUGGUACGAAUUCGACAAAAUGGCUUUGCAAGCUCUCACUACAAACAACUCGGGCACCCGGUCCACAUGCAGCGGUUUUGUAUAAUGAGAAAGACCCUGCAGAUCCACAAGGGAACAGAAUGAGACCUGUGUGGGAGGUCGAAGUGAACUCAAUGAUUACCAAGCCGACGGACUCAGCGGUAGUGAAGCGUGGUAAGGUUGAGGUUGAAGGAUGGGCUUGGAGUCAUGACAGCGUAGUAAUGGUGGAGGUGAGCACGGAUGAUGGAGAAAGUUGGGUAAAAGGCGUCGUCAGGAAGAAGGAUAACCACGCUUGGCAAAAGCUUGCUGCAACAGUUGAUCUUGGCUUAGGCGCCCAUAGACUAAUUGCUCGUGCGACGUCUGAAGGCGGAUUACGACAACCUUUGACUGGAAGACGAAACCACGUCCAUAGAAUUGCUGUUAAUGUUAAGGCGUAA